AUGCCGUCCUCAACACACGCAGCAUUCGGGAUUCCCGAAAUCCUAGAGAUGAUUCUGCUCAAUCUGGACAUGCGCACGCUGCUUUACAUUCAACGAACAUGCCGCUCUUGGCUAAGCAUGAUCCGAGACUCGUCGCCUAUACAAAAAGCCCUAUAUUUCACACCCAUAGAAAAUACACCCGACCAAAGCAAAGUCCAGAACCCCUUAUUGAGAGAAGCAUUUCCAGCCCUUUUCAGACUCACCGACCCCGAUAGCCCGGAAGACGACUAUGAAUACGAUGAACCCACCCUCGCCGCCUUCGACAUGAUGAAAACUCCCACCAAACUAGCGGCGUAUCUUCGGCCAGAAGCAAGCUGGCGACGGAUGCUGCUCCAACAGCCGCCAAUGUGCAACUUUGCAGUGUGUCGAUAUUCGACUGGGGGAUACGGAUUCAGCCACUCGUUUUUUGAGGUUCCUGGAGAUCCAAGAGGGCUCGCAGAUGGCUUGCGGAUGGGUGAUUUCUUCGAGGCGCUGUUGUUCGGCGACGAUGUCCGCUUUGCGACUUGUCGACUGAAGCGUGUCAUAUGGUGGAGACGAAUCCCGCAGAGCGGGCUGUCAAUCUGGGAUGAGAUGGAACAACUGAUGGGGAAGACAGUAGACUUUGAUAUCGUGGUCUCUCUCCGUUCUCAUAUAACUCGGUGUUAUGAUUCUGAUGAUGAUGAUGAGACACCAGAGGAUGAGAAGGCGAUGGAUCGGAUCAAAAAUGUGUACAGUGAGUUGGGGAUCCAGCCUAGGUUUUUAGGGAAGACCAACCAAUGGAGUCAUUCUGACUGGUGGGAGUGA